CGCUUUUGGUGACGGAAAAGGCGGUGCAUCACUUCUUGACUCCCCAUCUGUUAUGGAUGUGCUGUAAAUAAAUAUUUGCGGCGCCGUGCGCAAUGGAGUUGGAACAAUUCAGAGAGCAGUGGAAGAAAGAACUAGCGGUGCAGCGGAGUGCUAUCGGUAUCGGCCGGAAAGAGGCACGACGGUUUCAAGAAAGUACUCGUCCUGAGGUGUUGAAAACAAACAGAAAAUUUAAACAUGAGUCGGAGCUCGUUAAUGAACAAACUACAGACGCAAAGACGGGAACGGUCUCGUUGCCCGACAGACCCCCGAAAAAGAGGUGGUACCCACACGGAGAUCGACCGCAACAUCUGCGGAAAGCGCCGCGGGAAGAGCGUUUGCUGGAUCGGUUAAUCCAAGACUUGAAUGAAAUUAAUGAGAUACCAUUUUUUGACAUGGAUUUGCCAUAUGAAUUAGCCCUGAAAAUAUUUCAGCAUUUGAACACAACUGAGCUUGGAAGGUGUGCCCAGGUGAGUAAGGCUUGGAAGAUACUUGCUGAAGAUGAGCUGCUUUGGUACAGACACUGCCUGAAGGAAGGACAUUUGAUUGGGUCAAGUAUAUCAGACUCGCCCUGCUGGAAAAGUACCUUGCGUGAUUGUCGGCAGAUGGAACACACGAUGCGGACUAAUUGGAAGAACCGUGUCGGGGCCAUCAGCCAGCUGCAGUAUGAACUGGGAAAGGUGCUGUGUGAUGUCAACUCAUGUGCUGGACAUGUUAUAGCUGGGUACACUUCCGGAGAUGUGAGGCUGUGGGACACUCAGAAUUUGGAUAUUGGUUCGCCUUACCUGAGACCUAGCCAUGUGUCCAGAGAAAGUGCCUUACGGCCACAUGUCAGUCAUGUCUGUGUGAAUGAAAAUGUGGCUGUGGCUGCCUAUGAAGAUGGCAUCAUAGAUGUCUGGAGCAUUGAAGCUGGCCGGGAACCCAUCCACCAUUAUCAGCACCUGCAGCGGGUGCAGGCUUUGGCUUUGGGGGCUGAGGGGACCACUGUAGCCUCUGCCUCUGGUAAGCAGGUGCGAGUGGAACAGCCAGAUGAGCAGGGCUACUGGCAGACAACAGCCCAGUUUGAGCUGGAGAAGUUGGUGGACUUUGCUCAAAUCAUUCCAGGAGUGCGUCCUCGGACACUGGCUGUUGUUGCUGCCUCUGACACAGUCUAUCUCCUAGAGCCUGGCAAAGACCCCAGCAUCCUUCACUGUGUGUACAGUCACCCAAUAACCUGCCUUGACACCUCCUCCUCACAGGCUGCUGUGGGUGUGAAGAGCUUUGGGUGGGCAAUGAAUAUGGGAAACAAGAUUGAUGUGUACAGCUGGGAGACUGGCCAGGCAGUUGUAUCCUUGGGGUCAUCCAGUGGAGAUUUUACUUGUGUCAACUUGAAGGACAGUCCUCCAAAUCUGCUGGUGUCUGGCAACAAAGACCGAAGAGUGCGGGUGUUUGAUCUGAGGACAGCAAAGUCUGUCACAUCUCUGUACGGCCAUCACAUGGGGGUUUCUGCGGUGCAGGCAGAUGACUGGAAGAUUGUAAGCGGUGGGGAGGAGGGUCUGCUCUGCGUCUGGGAAAUGAGGAUGGCAGCCAAGCUCUGGGAAAUGCACAACAGGCACCCUGUUCGACAUAUCCACUUCCACACCCAGACCUUAGUAACAGCUAAUAUUCCAGACGAGAAGACUCCCAGGGGAGCAUGCAUCACCGAUGAUGACCUCACUGCACAUCGACGGCACAGAGGGACCAUCUACCUGUACGACUUUUCUGUGGACAUGUCCAGCACCGAUCACAUCCUUCCUAUCUGCCGCUCAAGUUACGCCGAGUCCCAUGGUUAUAACUACAACAUUGGGCUGGCCGUUCCAUAUGAUAACAUCCUCGCCGCUUCUGUGGCGACCAGGCCACACGUGUCUUGAGCAAGACUAAAGACUGUCAUGGAGGAGGAGGACGACAUUUCUAAUGGAUCUGAGCACACAUUUGAACACCUCUUGUCAUUUUCCAGAAGUGUUCCUUUUAAUAUUUAUUUUUCAAUAUGUUAGUAUGUUAACAUUUUUAAAAUCUUAAAAGACAGUUCACUGCACAGUGCAGAUGUGUCAUACACAGGGGACUUGGCACAGUUCAGGUUAAAGUGAAAGCUUCAGUGUGGAGUUGUGCAAGCAGGACGACGGGCUCUGUGAUUCAUUGAUGGCUCUUGUCUUGCACGUCGAUCAUUUUCUCUUUAAUUAUUCCUGCAAGUUGAGGAGCUGAGAAUCAGUUCUCACGUUAACUUACCCGUCAGCCUUGCUCUUGCACAGAGAUUUGUGUAUAUUGUAUAUAAAUUGUAUCAUACUCCAGUAUUUUGCAAUGUCCCUAAUGAUUUAUUUAUUUCUUGUAAACACGUAGUUCUGAUGU